CAGGAUUUUCUGCUUACCGGGCUCCCAUGUUCAGUGCUAACCAAUCCACAAGAGCCCAAUUUUGUUGGCUUUUUUUCACAUUCCUCUAAGGUUCAUGGACCUGCGUGGGUUAAUCUAUCGAAACUAUGAGGCAUUUCCCUCUCACAACGUACACAUUCUAUAUAUUGAGACAUUUUCCCACCUAUUACUUUGAUCUCACUCCUAGUCAAAAUACCACUGUCACACCAAAUCAUACACUGCAAUGGGCUUUGAACUUCAGCUUCUCUUCAACAACGCUUCGUCAGAUAAAUACGCAAGUUCGGCCAAAAGUCGAUAACAACGAAAGCACCUUUUUUCUACACCAUUACAAUUGUUACACAUAUUAAUAUCCAUUCCAGUCUUCAGCCUCGCAACUUCGUCGUCGGACAAAUCUGCUUCGUAUCCAAUUUAAUUCCUUCCAAAUACCCUUUCUCCAAAUUUGAUCUUCCUCGCUUUAAUUUCAAUAUAAAAUACCCAAAAGACGUUCAAAACGUUCAAAACAAUCGGUCAUCAUGCAGAUCUCACCACCCCGCAACGCCCACGCAUUUUCCAAUAAGCGAACACUCAAAUCAACUCCUUAUCUGAGUCCUUACGCCUCUUCUCGACCACGACAAGCAUCUUCAACCUCGUCUCUUCGCAUUCCUCUCGCGGCCACAAAUCGUAACGCACGAGAACGCGCUCCGAUUCGUCAGGUUCAACAACCAGAGUCGGAAGUUAGUAUUAUUGUCACGACGUGGGAUGAUGAGGGGAAGUGUUGGUAUCCGGUCGAGGCUUAUGGUCCUAUUGGAGAGCAUUUGAACAAAUUUAUCGAGGCGAGGAGAAGAGCUAAGCAAAUGAGCGAGAGGAGCGAUUCGGAGUAAAAAGGUGCAUGGAUCUUCAUACCAAGUGUUGGAAAAGAGGAUGGAGUUGCAUGGGUGUCUUUUCCAUGGUUCGGUGUCUGCUUGUGGAGUUUUUAUGAUGAAUGAUGAUGAUUUUUCUUUCCGGGUAAUGGAUUAAGGGCUAUGAUAAGAAUGAUUGGAUCAAUAGGGUAGAUGGCACACGAAAAAUGGUUCGUCUCGAGGCAACAAGGACAACUGAACUGACCGGCACGGGAGGGAUAAUAGAAGGGGUAUUCGGAGUUCAAUUUUGGCAUUUCUCAUACUACAGUAGCUAGCAAUUCCAUCCUCUAAAUGAGUCGCAAGACUCGGUGCCCUCUGGCACUCCAUGAUUUGCUUGUUUGUUACUUGAUUAUACUGAAGCAUCCAUUUGUUUCUCACUCUUCAGUGGCCUA